AUGCGCCGCUCUGAACGCAACGGGUACGGAAGUGGUGCGGAGGGGCGAGACGAGGCGCAUGGAGGCACUCACGCAUGCUUUUUGAACGUGCAUCGACACGUUGUAAAGCGGAUCCUUCUUCUUUAUCCCUUCAGGACGUGCGUGCUGGGCAUGCUCACGAUGAACAAAGAGUUCGACGAGAAUGACAUGGAGCAAGACUGUGCGACUCGAUCGUGCGGAAAACGAGCGUUGAAAGGAGUCACGGCUCCGUUUCGAAGGAUGUCACGUGCUGUAAUGCCAGCUAACGUCGUCGUGCACUUGGCAGUUGCGAUCGGCCGAGAAGUAGUGGGCUUUUUUCUUCAAAGUGUUCGAGGAUAG